UCACUUUGUUUACAAACCAACACCGAAAAAAUGAAUUCUUUGGGAGGCCUAGUGACCACUAUCUCAAGCUUUCUCUGUGCAUUUCUUCUCUUAGCUCUGAUCAAGAUCUUUCACAAACUAUGGUGGACUCCGAUUCGCAUACAGAAACUGAUGGCUUUGCAGGGAAUCAAAGGCCCUUCGUACAGAUUCAUCCAUGGAAACACCAAAGAGAUCUCCGAGAUGAAAAGGGAAGCCAUGAGCAGAAGGCUCACAAACUUUUCCCAUGACAUAUUUUCUCGAGUCCAACCUCAUAUUCACUCAUGGAACAAGACCUAUGGGAAGAAUUUUGUUCAAUGGUAUGGUUGUCAAGCUCAGCUGGUGAUUUCGGAGCCCGAAUUGAUCAAAGAGAUACUGAAUAAAAAGGACACUUAUCCGAAAAGGAAGCUCUUACCAUUGAUGAAGAAGAUAUUUGGAGAAGGUCUAGCCACAACAACCGAUCCCGAAAAAUGGGAGAAAUUGCGAAAACAGGCCGACCAUGCCUUCCAUGGAGACAGCUUAAAAAGUAUGAUUCCAACGAUGAUAGAUAGUACUGAGACGAUGCUACAGAGGUGGAAAAGCCAUGAUGGCAAAGAGAUUGAGGUGUAUGAAGAAUUUAAAUUGUUGACUUCGGAAGUGAUUUCGAAGACAGCAUUCGGCAGUAGCUAUUUAGAAGGGAAGAACAUUUUUGAUAUGUUCAACAAGUUAUGCUCCUUGUUACUCAAAACUUCUUUCAAAAUCAGAUUUCCUGGCAUCAGCAAGUUUUUCAAAACUAGCGAUGAGAUUGAAUCAGAGAAACUUGAGAAAGGAAUACAUGACUCCAUAGUGGAGAUUGUUAAGAAAAGAGAAAAGGAGACAAUGACUGCAGAAGAAGACAACUUUGGGAAUGAUUUUCUAGGAUUGCUUUUAAAGGCUCAUCAUGGUGCCAAUGACAAGCAGCGGAUUUCAGUGGAUGAACUGGUUGAUGAGUGCAAAAUCUUUUACUUUGCUGGACACGAAACCACUAAUGCUUUGCUUGCUUGGACCAUCCUUCUUCUGGCACUCCAUCCUGAUUGGCAAGAAGAAGCAAGAAAGGAGGUCUUACAAUCAUUUGGCAAACAAACUCCAGAUCCUGAUGGCCUUGCCAAACUAAAAACAAUGAGUAUGAUCAUCAAUGAGACUUUGAGGUUAUACGCACCAGUAAUAUCCUAUGAUAGGAGAGUUGAAAGGGAAGUUAGACUGGGAAAUCUCAUUAUUCCUGCUGGUUUCGAAUUGUACAUCUCCAGUUUAGCACUUCACCAUGAGCCUCAAUUCUGGGGAGAAGAUGUGCAUCUUUUCAAGCCAGAGCGAUUCUCUGACGGUGUUGUUAAAGCUACUAAUAAUAACAUAACCGCAUUCUUACCUUUUGGAAUGGGACCUCGAAUCUGUCCAGGGUUGAACUUUGCUACCAUUGAAGCCAAAGUUGUUCUUUCAAUGAUUCUACAGAACUAUUCCUUCACCCUUUCCCCAGGUUAUGUCCACUCGCCCUAUGAGAAUCUUAUUGUUCGCCCACAACAUGGUGUUCAAGUAAUGCUACGCUCACUGUGAAGUCUGAACUGCUUGUGAUCGAAAACCAGAAUUGGCCACUAUAAUCUUAGACUAGACAGAUAGUACUGAUUUUGGAAGUUUGGAUAUGGUAGCUUAUAAAGAGUGCAACUCCUGGUUGCGAGCCUGUUAUGAAUUAUCUCCUUCUGCAGCAGCUUAAUUGUUUCUGCUACAAUCAGUAUAUCAUGAAAUUUGUCUGCAAACCCCAACAGGAGAUUUUAAGGUGAAAUUGUAUGAAUUUUCUGUUUCAUAGGGAAAACAUGGCAUAUGUAAGAAAUUUUUCCGAGACAUUUUGCAGGAAUGCCAAAAAAUUAACAAUUUUGUGUAAACUGGCUGCAAGCUUGUAUAGGAGCACGAGAAGUGUUAAUUUUAUGUUACAAAAUGUAGAAACACCCUCCUGCUACUAAGACACAAGUCAUUUAGAAAAUUCAGUGUACCUGAAUUUAUUAUAACUAUGACAGCUGGAAUUACACAACUAGACCAAAGAAUCGGGUUAACAUUCUCAAAUUUGAAUCAAUGAUUUCCUUUGGCUAACUACAACUGUUUUACAAUGGAUAUUCAUCAAAUCGGGCUCAAAAAUGCCAAGUGCACUGACAACUUGUGGCAAAUGCAUCCACAGCCAAAAAAAAAAAUACCUUUAGCUCCUGCAGUUAGAAAC